CAACCACCAUGCCCUCAAAAAUCGACCUCCACUCCCACUUCCUCCCACCCUUCUACCGUACAGCCCUCCAAACCCACGGCCACGCCAAUCCAGACGGAAUGCCCGCCGUCCCAGACUGGAGCGAAACCUCUCACCUCGCCCUGAUGGACAAACUCAACAUCUCCAGGUCUAUCCUCUCCAUAUCCAGCCCAGGAACCCACCUGAUCGCCUCCGAUCCAUCCCUAGCCAUCACUCUCACCCGACGAUGCAACGCCUACGCAGCCGACCUCAAGCGUCGCCAUCCCUCCCGCUUCGGAUUCUUCGCUUCCCUCCCCUUACCAGAAAUCCAAGCCAGCCUGGACGAAAUUCCCAAAGCGAUCUCAGAAGAUUGCGACGGUUUCGUGCUACUGACCAACGCACACGGCCAUUACCUAGGCGACGAAAUCUUGAAUCCCAUCUUCGAGGAACUGAACCGCAGAAAAGCGAUCGUCUUCAUCCAUCCCACAACACCGAAAUGUCCUUGCUCCACUGAGUCCACUGCAGCAGGAGGUCAAACUCCCAUCCCAGCCACACCCUUCGCAGGACGAUUCCCAAACCCCAUGCUAGAAUUCUUCUUUGACACCGCUCGGAUCGUAACGAACCUCUUCCUCAGCGGUACGGUGCAGCGAUGUCCGGACAUCAAAUUCAUCUUACCUCAUCUCGGUGGGGCGUUUGCUCCAUUGCUCUCGCGAUGGACGGGGUUUAGUGGACUUGUACCCGGACCUUGGUCAGGAGUUUCGGAAGAGGAAGUCAAAGCGGCGUUUGAACGGCAGUUCUGGUUCGAUAUAGCGGGAUUUGUGUUUCCGAGUCAGAUCAAGGGGUUGGUGGAGGGUGUUGGGGUGUCGAAUGAGAGGCUGGUGUAUGGCAGUGAUUUUCCAUUUACGAAGGCGGAGGGGGUGGAGAUGUUGCUUGGGCAGAUGGAUGUCGGAGUGAAGGGGAUGUUUGAGGAGGGUGAGACUGAGAAUCUUUAUCAUGGCAAUGCGGAGAGGCUGCUUGAGUCGUGA